ACUACAUGCAAUUUAUGAAUAUGGAAAUAAUUCAUAGAUGAUUCAAUUAUUGAUUCGUGAGAUGGUUUUAGUCAUCUAGGAGCUCAUCACGACUGACAAGAAUAUCCAUUGCGUGACCCUUGAAGCUGUCACGUACUGUGUUUCAACUACAACUUCACUAGCCAAGAUAAGAGGAAGCAAGUCACGGGCAAUGGAUAUGAUCCAAAAUUUACAAAGGUAGAUUUGAGUCAAGUAGAUUGACGUAAACGGCAAGGGCUGGCGUUUCAUCACAAUGGCAGCGCUCGAACAGGACGAAGGUGACGCGACUCCACAAGUACCGGGAAAGGAUGAGCCUGGAAACGCAGAGAGAAAGCGGACGUCAGAAGAUAGUUUGCUACGUGCUGAGUCUGAUGCGGCGCGCAAGCCUUCAUCGUCAACAAAUUCGGCUUCUGCGCUCCCAUCUCCAGUCACCUCGCCCCUAGCUGAGGAUCAUGCCAGUGAAAGGAAAUCAUCAUCGACCUCAUCCAAAACGACGGCAGAAAAUGGACGCAUAGAGGAAGACAAAUCAAUAAAUGGCAUCAAGGUAGCCGUUCCAACGUUUCCUCAACUUUCGAAUAAUCCACCUACUUCGCCCGGUCCACGUUCGAAAAGUACAAAUUUGGAUGAAGAUGAGGAGCCAGCUGUGCCCGAUUCGUUUGAGCGAACGGCCAGUCCAAUCCCAAACCUGCAGCGGAAUCGAGGGGCAGCCUAUGAGAAAGUCGGUGAGGAGGGCGUCUGGAAGAUGCACAAAUUCUCGCUCUAUGAGACUGCCAGUCGUUACUAUGUUGUUGGAGGAGAUCUAAUGGAUCGUCGAUUUCGUAUCCUCAAGAUUGACCGGACUGCAGACUCGGGUGACCUCAGCAUUACGGAAGAUGAAAUCGUGUAUACGAAAAAGGAAAUGAACCAACUUUUGAAUGCCAUUGACGAUGGCAACAAAGCCUCUGGGGGCAUGAACUUGAAAAGCAGUACAUGGGGUUUACUCGGCUUCAUUCGAUUCACGGGUGUUUAUUAUAUGCUUUUGAUCACAAAACGCAGCCAGGUGGCCAUGAUAGGUGGUCACUAUGUUUAUCAAGUGGAUGGGACUGAGCUUGUUCCUCUCACUACGGCAUCGGCUUCCAGGUUGCGGCCCGACAAGAACCCCGAAGAGGCUCGUUUUCUCGGCAUUUUGAACAACCUCGACCUUUCUCGCUCUUUUUAUUUCAGCUAUUCUUACGACAUUACCCGGACGCUACAACACAAUAUGGUACGAGAACGGGAAGCCCUUGCCGCUGGCUUAUCGCAGCCAAAGUCCCCUGACUAUAAUGCCAUGUUCGUCUGGAAUCAUUACCUCCUUGAGCCGGCCAUGGCCGCUCUAAAGAAUACCUACGAUUGGUGUCUGCCAAUUAUCCAUGGCUUCGUUGACCAAGCGACCCUCUCUGUCUACAGCCGAAUGGUGUAUAUCACGAUCAUCGCUAGAAGAUCGCGGUAUUUUGCAGGUGCACGUUAUCUUAAGAGAGGCGCCAAUGACCUUGGCUAUGUGGCCAAUGAUGUGGAGACGGAACAAAUUGUUUCCGAAAUGAUCACAACAUCUUUUCAUGCGCCAGGACCAUCGCUCUUUGCAAAUCCCAACUAUACGUCUUACGUACAACAUCGUGGCAGUAUUCCCCUAUACUGGACUCAAGAUAGUACUGGCGUGGCGCCCAAGCCAGAUAUCAAAUUGGAUCUUGUCGACCCUUUCUAUACUGCCGCAGCUCUUCAUUUUGACAAUUUGUUUGAGCGAUAUGGAACACCAAUUUAUGUUCUAAAUCUUGUGAAGGCGAGGGAGAGAACUCCAAGAGAAUCUAAACUCCUCCAUGAGUUUACUCGUGCAAUCGGCUAUCUCAACCAGUUCCUGCCUAAAGAUAAGAAAAUUCUGUAUAAAGCCUGGGAUAUGAGCCGCGCAUCCAAGAGUCGAGAAGGUGACGUGAUUGGUACUCUGGAGGGUAUCGCCGAGGAAGUCAUAAACGUCACUGGCUUCUUUCGCAAUGGAAAUGGUGAAGAUAAAGAGUCAACAAUGCAGAAUGGCGUAGCGAGGACCAACUGUAUCGAUUGUCUGGAUCGAACCAAUGCCGCGCAAUUUGUCAUUGGAAAACGCGCUUUAGGCCAUCAACUUCAUGCUCUUGGAGUUAUUAACGACACUUUCCUAGAAUACGAUACCGAUGCAGUGAACUUGUUUACCCAUAUGUAUCACGAUCAUGGCGACACCAUCGCUAUCCAAUACGGUGGCUCUCACCUAGUCAACACCAUGGAAACAUACCGAAAGAUCAACCAAUGGACCAGUCAUUCCAGAGACAUGGUCGAAAGCUUUAAACGCUACUAUAACAAUUCGUUUCUUGAUGCCCAGCGCCAAGAGGCUUACAACCUCUUCCUAGGAAAUUACAUUUUUGCUCAGGGGCAGCCCAUGCUCUGGGAUCUUGCAACUGAUUAUUAUCUUCACCACGUCGACCCUCGCACGUAUUCUGGAAAGAAGCGCCGUCACUAUAUUAAAUGGUACACACCAGCACACCUUGAGCGUCGUGAAAUGCCGUCUUUACUCCCACUUCCUAGGGCGACCCAGGAGAAGCCACUCGCCUUUUUUGACGAUUACUGGACUGAAUACUAUCGUCCACUUGCAGUCUCAUCUUUUCUCAAGAUCUUCUCUUUUAAAAUGAAUUCGACUUUACGUUACAUUCCUUUCAAAUCGACUCAGGACGGUCGAUAUGAUCUCAGUCCUUUUCGUGUCCGUACGACCACGCCAGAUUCAGACACGCAAGACAAGAAGAAGUCGCGCAAAGGAGUGACGAUAUUGGAUCCGCACGAUGAGACGAAUAGUAUAUCAACAAGCUCCUCCCCUAAUCCUUCGUUGCACUCCUUUCCCACCACGCCGCGGCCCAGAUCGUCCUCCGUGACGCGCUGGCUGCAAUCCCCUCGACUUAAUGAAAAAGCUCUACACCGUCAUCACCGGUCCAAUUCCUCUUCAGUUCCACUGCAGGGUAUCAUGAAGGAGCCUCAACGCUUCACGACCGAUUCUCUCCCGCCAAAUCCAUCGCCACUUCGAUCAAGCACAGCACUUUCUGGUCAAGGAGUGGAAUAUCCGGAUGCCAUCAAGUCUACAAAAGCCUCUACCCUCAAUAACCCGCAAUGGACACUGGACCAGUUCGUCACCAACUCGCUGAAUCCCGAGGUUACUCGCUCCGAGGCAGAAGAGUAUGAGCGCUAUGUUAGUCACCCGCUCAACCUACCUUUGGUAGUGACGACGGCUACUCCACCUGACACAAGUCUUGAGUUUUUUGAUUAUAUUAACGCGGCGACCGCUUUUGACGGCCCUGAGGGCAAUAUUCCCGUCAUGAAUGAAGAGGACUUUGCUGAUUAUGCUGAAUUCUUGGAGGUACCUGACGAUCCUCUGACCGUGACGGACGCAGACAUGCCCAAGAAGAGAUACAAGGCAUAUCGGCAGUGGUUGAAGGGCAAGUCUCUGUUCAAGCAGAGGGGAGAACAAUCAUAGAGAAGGACCAAUGGAUUGACGAUCUUCAUAAGAAAUGCUUUUUUAUUCUUUUCUCCAGUAUAUUCUUAUUAGCAUCUUGUAGCGAAGCAUCUGGGCGGCGUUUCUGAGUAUUCAGAGAGUAGAUUUUAGCAAAUUUGUAUAUAGUGUAAUACGUCAGCAAAUGAUCACAAGUGCCCUCAAUAAUGAUCAUCUAGAACCAACUCCAAAACCACAGCAUCUAUUUUAAACCUUGUUGUUGCCUUGAUAGGACGUUGCCAAACAAACCCUAAAGACUCGCUUGGGGAGGAGAGCGGGAACGAAGGGGGAACCGUCAGGAAAUUUUAGGUGGGGGUGUGUCAUCGGCUGUCCAGUGGAGCUUCACUCUUUCUCUACUGCCCCUCC